CGUGGACCACGUCCCAAACACAAGCCAAGAGAUACAGAAACCUUCAUCAGCAACAUGGCUCCCCAGUUUCGCGCCGAGCAGAUAGGUUCGCUGCUCCGGCCUGAUGAACUCGUUGCCGCACGGGCUGCCACCGGACAACUCGUGUCGUAUACCACCGAACCGGUCCCUGACGCCCUCAGAAAAAUUACAGACGAUGCGAUCGCCCGAGCGGUCGAGCAGCAACUGCAGCGGAAGGUGCGACCCAUCAUGUCCGGAGAAUACGAGCGAACCAUCUAUUAUUCUGGAUUCUUCGAACGCCUCCACGGCUUCAAGAUUGUCCCGGACGUGCCUGUCCCCGCGGGACUACGAAUUGGACUUCCCGUGGUGAACAUCAUGAUCCGCAACGGGAUGACAGCCCGGGAAGCAGUAAUCGCAGUCGACAAAGUCCGCUACGUGGAGAGUCCGUACCUCGCGGACUGGGAGUACCUGCGGAGCCUUGUGCCCCCGGCAGAAUGGAAAGAGUGCAAGAUUACCAUCCCUCCCAUCACUUGGCAGCAUUUGCAGCUGCGCGCCGGCACUGCCUUCACUGACCGUAGCCCCUACACGACGGACAAAGAGUACUUUGCCGAUCUGGCCCAAGCGUACGUUCAGGAGCUGCAGACGUUGUAUGAUGCAGGCCUGCGGUCGAUUCAGGUGGACGACCCCCAGCUGCUGUAUUUCGUGACGGACGAGUUCCGCUCGGGCUGCCACGCAGACGGCAUCGACCCGGAAGAGUUGCUCGACUUAUACAUCUGGGCACACAACCAGUGUCUGGUGGGUCGACCAGCGGACCUGCACGUGGGCAUCCAUCUCUGUCGGGGCAAUAUGCCCGGCUCAACCCACAUCAUCAGCGGAUCGUACGAGCGCAUUGCGCGGCGCCUGUUCACGGGACUGGACUUCGACACCUUUUAUCUCGAGUACGACACGGAGCGAGCGGGAGACUUCCAGCCGCUGCGGUACCUGCCCGUGGGUAAGAACGUGGUGCUGGGCGUCGUCUCGACCAAGAGUCCGGAGAUGGAGUCUCUCGACGAGCUCGAGGCCCGCGUGUACGCGGCGGCGGAUGUGAUUGCUCAGGGUCAGGGCCGUAGUCGACAGGAGGUCCUCGACACCACGUUAGGGGUGAGUCCGCAGUGUGGGUUCUCGAGCGUCAGUCGCGGUCGGGGCAUUGGGAUGACGGAAGAGAAGAUGUGGGAAAAGCUGCAGCUGGUGCAGAAUCUGGCCGAGAGGAUUUGGGGACGGACCGCUUGGGUUCCGUGAAUAGUCAGUCCUGCAGGUCCGCUGUGCCGUGCAUGCAGGAAUUGUGAACAGGCCAGAAAGCCCAUGUGCUCAAACAAUGAAGCAUUGGUGGAUCGAUGGGUGGUGCGGCAGGACCCACUUGCCGCCCUUCCAUAUUGUUCUGAGUAGACAGCUUGGCCAUUUUAUUUCCGUAGAUUAUGUGUGAUAGUCAGGUAAACAUUAUAGCCGAGGAAUCGCCCUGCACGUGGCCGCACUG